AUGGAUUGGGAUGGAUUUGUGAGCGUAUUGUCGUUCACCGCCACAUCCUCGACCUUUGCCUUGUUCCUGUGUGGCCUUCAGAUCUGCCAGAGGAUUCGGGUUCGAGGACACACAGAUGGUACUUCUGUGGCCCCAUUUCUACUUACAUCGAUCUCAUGCAUUGUUUGGGCCGGCUAUGGGGAGAUUCGACAUGAUUCAACUGUAAUAUUGGUUAAUACAGUUGGGCUUUUCGUACAGAGUCUUUAUUUGGCAUAUUAUUAUCACAAGACAAGGCUAAGGAUGCGCUUAAACAAACUUAUUGGAAUUGAGAUCUUGGCUGGUGUACUAACGUAUUACUGGAUGUAUUCUGAUGUCGCCGCUGAGACCAAGGAGAAUUUCCUUGGAAUUAUCUGCAUGAUGCUCAACAUUGCCACAAUUGGUGCUCCUUUGCUGGAUGUGGUAAGUUUUUUGAAUUUUUAUUUAAUUUUAGGUAACAAAAUUGUCAGGCUAAAAUUUUCUUUACUUUUCAGGGUCAAGUAAUUCGGAACAAAAGCACGGAAAGCUUACCUUUCAUGUUGUGCGCUGGUAACAUGAUUGUAUCGAUACAAUGGCUGAUUUACGGGAUCUUAACGGACGAUUUCUAUAUGAAGGUAUGCAUUUUUUAUUCUUGUCUGGGGUUUAGGUACUGAGCAAUGUACAAGCACAAUUUAGCGGAAUAUUUAUCAGAACGAAAUAACCAUUGUUGUUAUAGGUUCCCAAUGCUGUUGCUUGUGUGAUUGCCGCUGUUCAGCUGAGUUUGUUUGUUAUAUAUCCUUCAAAUCACCGUGUGGUCAGCCAGAAGUCAGAUGAUGACCGUAUGCACUUGAUUUGA